AUGAAGUCAUACCAAGUCAUUGCAACAUUGUUGCUUGUUACCAUUGCUUUGGCCCAAGCCAGAAAUGCCUACUUUGUGUUCCAGGAUGGAUCACACAAGGAUGAGUUUGUAAUUAAGCUCUCUGACCCAGCCAAGAUCCAGCAUGCCCGUGCUCUGCUUGCCAAGACCACCGAGGACCAGCCACGUAUCAUGGGUACCAUCAUCAAGAGAGAGGCAUGGUACAACAGCGAGUGGUCCUACGAGCUGAACACCACCACCAUCCGCUUCUUUGACACUACCGCCGAGGUCUGUGACGCUGACAUUGCCUACGUCGAGGAGCAUCUCGCUGAGGUUGGAACUCACUUCCUCCCUGGCAACGUCUGGUGCCCAUGGCAAUCAUAUCUCGUCCGUGAGCUCUAA